GUCGUCACCUCGAAGCAGGCGUCGAUUCUGCUGCCAUUAGUCGUGUUUCAACCUAGACGGGGCACACACAUGCACACACACUCAUACACAAGUUUCUCUCGAAUAACCAUAGUUGUCACAAUUUUGCUUAAAGUUUCGAUAGUACAAAAUUUGCAGUUAUCCCCAACACAAUGGCCAAAAUAAGACAGCUGGUGCCAGAGUUGGCGGAAGUGGCGCGUGUGGAGCUCAACGAGGAUGAGGCGAAUCGAGAUGCCUUAAUUAUGGCUCUACGCAAUUGGAUUAACGAACAGAACUAUUUGGAGGCGCGCACCGAUGAUCAGUUCCUGGUCGCAUUUCUGCGCUUCUGUUUGUGGGAUCUGGAGCAGGCCAAGAAGCGAGUGCUCUUCUUCUACGACUACAAGUCCAAGGAACGUGGCCUGCUCAAGUCACGUGCUGUGGAUGACAAACUCUUUGAACUGGCCAGAUCAGGCAUAUUCGCCACACUACCCAAUCCCAUUGGCCCUGGUGGCCCACGUAUCCAUUUCACACGCAUGGGACAUAUCGAGACUUCCAAGCACAGCGUUGGCGACAUCUUUCGCUUUCAUGCUUUCCGCUCUGAGAUAGAGAUCAAUACCGAUGACAAUUGGAACAUUGCCGGAGUCGUUGAGGUCAUUGAUUUCACAAAAAUACCAUAUUCGCUGCUGUUGCAGUUUGAUUCGAGCCUGUUCAAGCGCAUGAAUGCAUUCCUCGAGCAUGGAAUACCCACGAAUCUGUUGGCUACGCACAUUGUGAAUGCCUCGCGUGAAACACAAUUUGUCCUAACCAUAAUCCGCAAUGUGAUGAAACAAAAAGAACUGCUGCACAUACAUCCAAAUUUGGAGUCGUUGCAUAAGGCCAUUGGCAAGGAGUACCUGCCGACGGAGCUGGGUGGUAACAAUGGAUCGCUGAACGAAGCCAUUACCCGCUAUGAGGCACAAUUGAACACCUUUACGCCGUACUUCAAUGACGAUGAGCGCUUUGGGGUCGAUGAGAAGCUGCGUGCUGGGAACAGCCAGCAGCAAGCUGCGCUUGUCACUGGUGUCGCUAGCGCUGAGGAGGGCACCUUUCGCAAGCUAGAUUUUGAUUGAGGGGCUUCCGGGGCUUUGGGGGCUGUUAACUGUAUAUUCAAAUGCACAUACUAUAUAUAUAUAUAUAUACAAAAACAUAUACACCUCACACUCCCUCCCUCUCUAUCUCUCUGUAUCUCUCUCUCUCCAUACAUACUAUAUAUAUAUAUAAAUACAUAUAUAUGUACAUGUAAAUACAUACAUAUAUGUGUAUAUAUAUGUAUAUAUAUAUAUAUUUGUCCACAUACCCUAUACAUAUAGUAUGUAGUAUACAGCGCUAUAGCGAACUUUGGUCAUUGUUAAAACCUGAUAUUUUAUAAAAAUUCUUAGAAAGCAACAUCGAUACUAAAAGCAAAAUUGAACAAUGUUACAGCAAAGAACACACUAAAAUAACAAUGAAAAGAAAAAAGAAAAAAAAAAGCCAUAAAAUGGCAAAAACCUCAUGAAUGUCGAUUAUAAUUUAUUGCCGUUCUUAUCAGUGAACAUACCAACAUUUCCCUAUGCUUAGGACUUUCCAUAAAAAUUUGUUUUACGCUCCAAACUAAAAAAAAAACCAAGAAGAUUGUUUCACGCUAAAUAUCGCUCACUAUAUGUAUGGAUGUCUUCUUCUACUUUUAUUCUUACUAUAUACAUAAGUUUUGGUUGGCUUUU